AAAGCGUUCUCAGGCUUCAUUCACAAGACGAAGCGCUGCUGUCGAAACACCAAACAACCUUCUACUCCCGUUUGUAACAAACACAUUCCGGAUUAUUUUUUAUGGAUUUAUAAAUGCACAUUUCACGCAUUUCACGGACUGCACCAAGGCCUGGGAAGUGUUAUUCAAGAAGAGAUUGGAAUUUAGAAGUUUCCUCCAGCAGGGAACUGGAUUGAUGUCUUAAUGCAACUGUUUUGGAAAGAGACUAAGGGCAUCUUGACGAAGACUCCAAAUAAAACUUGUUACGGUGACAUCCCGUUCUCGCCGGGCACAGUAGGUGUUUCGGCUUCUCUAGGCUCCACCGGGGAGAUGUUUCAGGGGUUCCCCGGAGACCCCGACACCGGCUCCCGUGGAAGCUCAUCUCCUUCUUUUGAAUCUCAGUACCUGUCGUCUGUGGAAUCCUUCGGGAGUCCGCCCACCACUAGCGCACCGCAAGAGUGUGUAUCAGCCACUGGUGUGGUAGGGGUGGGUGGUGGGUCAACCGGCACCGGGGCAGGGGUGGACAUGCCCAGCUCAUUUGUGCCCACAGUGACGGCCAUCACCACCAGCCAGGAUCUGCAGUGGAUGGUGCAGCCCACUCUCAUCUCCUCCGUCGCACCAGGGCAAAGCGGUGCAGGCUCCAGUACCAUGACGCAGCCUGUUGCUUUGGAUCCUUAUGACCUGCCAGGCCCAAGCUUUUCAUCUGGUGGAGGCUUCACCCCACCAAGCUCUGAUACUCCUGGCCCAGUGAGACAAUCUCGGAGCCGUCGCCGUGCACGGGAUGAAACACUGACAGCUGAGGAGGAGGAGAAGAGACGUGUUAGACGAGAGAGAAAUAAACUGGCUGCCGCUAAGUGUAGGAACCGACGGCGUGAGCUCACAGACAGGUUACAGUCGGAGACAGACAUGUUGGAGGAGGAGAAGGCCGAGCUAGAGGCUGAAAUAUCCGAGCUGCAAAAGGAGAAGGAGCGCCUGGAGUUCGUCCUGGUCGCCCACCAACCCGGUUGCAAAAUUCCCUAUCAGGACCAGCCCCCCGCGCAGCUGCCACUGCCGCAGACGUCCUCGCAGAUGCCUUCUGUCUCCGUGGUGGGUUUGACUGUGAAGGAGGACACUUUCUACCUGCCGCCUGCCUACUCGUCCCACCACCACCACGUCCCGGUUUCACAGCCUACGCAGACACAGCCGGCCCCAGCACAACAGCAGCAAGGGAUGAUGCAGGAGGUAGCCUUUUCUAGUUCUUUCUAUGGGCAGGGCCAGCCGGCGCCGGACGGCCCUUGCCUUGUUGCCGACGGUGGCGGUAACCCUGACGCCGGCAGCUACAUCCCCUCAUACACAUCUUCAUUUGUGUUCACCUACCCAGAGGGAGCCUGCGGGGCCAGCGCUAACCAGCGAACCAGCAGUAGCGAUCAGUCCUCUGAUUCCCUGAACUCACCCUCGCUUCUUGCACUUUGAGAGCUCUGCGUCUCUCUGCCUCUGCUUGCCUGUCGACAGCAACACAUGCACACAUACAAAUUCAAACAUUCGGUAUUACACCUCUCAGACGUUGUACUGAUCUUUAACAUUAAAGCCUUUCGAUUUGAAACCGAGGCCCAGAUGCGUUAGCGUCUGAGUGACUUCAUCAAAUGAUGUAAGUGUAUAUUAAUUCACAAUGAAUUCAGGCUUAAUAUCAAGAUGAGUCAGUAGCCCAUGCACACACACACGCACACUCACACACAUACUUAAAUUGUCAUAGACAUUCAAAUCCGUUUGACAUAACAAUAAAAGCACAUCAGCGCACUCCCCCUUGCUUUUAUCUUUUCUCGUUCUGGCUUACAUUGGUGUAUCAUCUCCCUCCUUCUCUCUCUAUCCAUGCCAGGUGCCUGCUGUGUAUUUGUCUAAGCAAAAAAAGGGGCACAGAACUGCUUUGUGGGUUUGGUUUUUCGUUUCGGGCUACCUUGCUACCCUUUCUUUCUUCAUCCAGUUCAUCCACACCUCUUCCUGUGACAAAGGGACAUGACCACACACUCUACAGUACCUAUCUGUCUUUUUUUUUCUCCCUCUGUUGUCCAUCUCCACAUCUGUUUCUCCUCUCUCCUGUCUCUAUGUACCUACGGUUCUCUCUGGUCUUCGGCCCCUGAGAGCCCGUUGGACCCUGAAAGCCCAUGGAACCUUGAGUGAGUGGCAGCCCACACCCCAACACCACAAACUCCCUUCGCACGGACCGGCCCACAGUGGAACCUCAAAUUGAGCGGACAUUUCAAAACCUCAAAACGAACCAGCCUCAGCACGCAGAUCAAAUGCCAUCUCAGACGCCACCACACUGGCUAAAGGAACGGGACUCUUUAUUUCUCCUCAGCACUGAGGAUUUGAUUUUGGAUGAGCGGAGGCACACUGGCUAGACUUUGGCAAGGCCAGCAGAGGAGAUUUGGAGAGCCCUUGGAAUGUGGAGGUAUGAGAUGGUGAGAGACCAUGCUCUACCAGUCAUCUCCCGCUGGUCCUCUGAGAGCUUUCACACCGUGUUCAAUCUUUCCCCUCUCUUGAGGAGUUUGUUUGUUUGUUUCAUUCUGUGUUUCAAUGAUAGUAUUAACUCUGAUUUCAAAAGUGGCUUAUCUGAUGAUAACAUAAAAGAGUGGCUUGACACUCUGUGUUUGAAGAGCAUUAUAAUGAGCAACCAAAAAAAAAAAAAAAAAAAGGACAACCUCUUGGUUUUGGAUGAGUGGCCUCUGUGCUCCUAAAAGUCCUUGACAUAGUCCUUGAGUUGUGGAUGUGGUUUAGCACAUCUCUUGGCUUUGAUUGUGAAUGGAAGUCACAGAGUACCACAUCUCCAGUUGAUUUCUUUCUUUAAAGGGGUUGUUGUUGUUGUUAAAAUGGAAAAAAAGCACAAAUGCCAGCUGUGGACGGAAGGAACACGAAACGGUUGCCAACCUAAAGGACGGGAUGUGCUUUUGAAUAUGAACCGUUUACUUUCCUGUGAAUGUUUUGAGUUACUGAUUUUUCAUGAUGCUUUUUCACUUUUGCUCUUGAUUGUGCCGUUGCUGCCAAAUGGAAGAAUUUUGUGGGGCUGUUAGCUGCUCCUUCUAUCUGUUACUGUUGUCUUACUGCAGUUAUCACAAAUAUUGUUAUUAUGGUUAUUAUUAUUAUUUCAUAGUUAUCUCAUGUUGGCAACUAAAAAGGCAUGUUGUGCACUAUGAAAAUUUUUUAUGUCUAAAACUAUAUAUAUAUAUAAAAUAUAUAUUAUGUAUGCAUACAUAUAUAUACAUAUUCAGAGUGUAUAUAUAUAUAUAUAUAUAUAUAUAUAUAUAUAUAUAUAUAUAUAUAUAUAUAUAUAUAUAUAUAUUAUAUAUAUAUAUAUACAAUGAUUGUAAUGUAAUGUAUGAAUGUUCAGAAAAUGUUAUUUUUGUCAAUGAAGACAGAAGGGAGAGCUUGAUGCACUUGGUUUUGGUUUAAACAUAGAUAUUUUUCUAAAAGAACAAAAAAUAUAUUAUAAUAAACAAUAACAGCCCGCCUUUCCAUUAAUAUGAAAAGCAUUGUCACUGCCUUUCAUUCGAAACAUGUAAUAUGUAUGAUGACUGUAUUGAAACUGUGGUGCAUAUAGUAAUAUGUAUCACAGAUUUGUGCUGUGCUUGAUUUGUCAACAAGGUUGGUUCCACAGCCUUUGUUCAUCAACCCCUGUGGACAAAACACACUGGACUCAAAAUAUCUAUAAAUGCUUAAAUAAAUCAAUAAAUAUGCUAAAGAAAAAAAGACGAUAUGAAUUGAGUGUCUCAAUGUAUUCUAGAUGAGCAUCUGAUAUUCAGCUGUGUUUCUCAAGCAGUGAGUUGCAUUGAUUAAUCAUGUCCAGUGUGUGCUGUCUUCCCUUUGGCUUUUAUGUGUGUGUGAUAUUCAGGGCUUGAUGGACAACUUUCAACCAGCCCUUAUUAAUUCAUGUUAUGGACAUGAUCAGAACAUUAUGUGUGUCGAUGUCAUACACAGAUGGGAAGUAUUUUACAAUUAGAUGAGGUCCAUUGUUCCUAUUAACUUUGGCUUCAUCGUGUGGAGUAUUUUAUGGGGUGGAAUUGAUCAUAUUUGUACAGUUGUUUAAAUCGGAAUGCCUUUUCAUUUAUAUACACAGGUGCACCAUUGUCUUGGUGGUCGAAUUUAGACCCAGAGCAUCAAAUUUAAGCUGAAAUGGAGACAACUGCAUGAGCUCUUUCCAACAGGGCCGUUUGAUGAAAUUAUGUUCUCAUUUGGCAUUGAAAACUGAAUUAAGGCAUCUCAAACAAUGACGUAUUGAAGCCAGAGCUUUGAUUUCACAAAAUGGGACGUUAUGAUAUUAGAAAACACAUUGUCAAACAGCCCCAUGCUCAAUUACAUUGAUAUCAUUUGAACUUUUCUUCAAAAUACUUUAUUGUCCGUCACAACAGUUUGUGUUCUUUUGAUUUUUCAGCUGUUGGUGCUUUUGUUACUCCUACACCAAAAUGUUUUGUUACUGUAUCUGACUCUGAUAUGAUAGCAUAAGGAGAUGUUGGUUAAAUGAUACAGUAUCAGUGACUCUGUGGUCUUCCACUUUGCAAAAACUUCUUGUUUAGAUUGAGCUGCACAAUCGUGUUCACAGCGCUUUGAAUUGAGAGUGGAAUGCAAUAUAUCAGAUACUCUAGGAGAACCAUGUAGCAAAUCAACUGAAUUGUAUGAUACAAGUCGCUCAUGCUACAGUGUCACAGUGAAGAAUUGAGACAGUUUGUUUUGUCUUUCCAGUUUACCUUACGUAUGAUUCACUCUGCUGAGACCUCAAUGACAGGAUGGUUUUGCAUUAUUAGGAUGUAAAAUGUUAGUACCUCUCGGGCUUCAUUGUGAGCGUCAUUUGAUAUGUGAACUGUUUCACUUUCUAAUGCACAUUUGAAUAUUGCCUUCAGUAUAAAAUGGGUGAAAUAUUAGCGAACUUUUCCUAAUGUUACAACCUCUUGUUCAAAAAACUGAAAAGAUAGAGGGCUUACCUGUUUCUUGUACGUUUUUUUGCCUUGUUUGAAGGGAAAUGAAAGUUAGGUGUAAAAUGAAUCACAUAACAUUUCAGAAACGAUAUGGUGCUUUUUCAAUACUGUUUGUCUUUGUAUAUUCUUGAUUAAGAGUGCCGAUGACAGAGGUGUCUGGGAGAUUUUAGGACACUCCUGAUUUUAGAGUGUUUUUCUCUCCAUGACUGCUCCAAGUUCUCAUACAGAACAGCAUAUUUAAUAUACUGAACAACCCUUGUGAAUUAUAUAAUCCGCCGUUCUGCAUUCUUUCUCUUUACUCCCUUUCUCCAUUUAAUUUCACUUUAUGCUAUUCUAGCCCUUUAAUGAAUGGGGAAGGACGUUUCAUAUUGUUACAUAAACUGUGAAAUCUUGGUGUACUGUCCUAUCUUAAUAUCUUUGUAUGACGUCCAAUUUUUCUUGUAAAGGAAAUGUCUACGAAAUAAACAUAUACACAAAGA